AUGGAGGUUGAUCAAGAAACUUCUAUUCAUCCUCCCAUGUUGUUUUCUCUCGAUAUUCUGGCAUUAACGAACGAAGCUAGAAAUACAUAUGGUCUUCGACACCAGGAUUAUCAGCGUUAUAGAAAGUACUGCACACAAAAAGUACAUCGUCUACGUCAGGCCUUACAUUUUACUCAUAAUAAAAGCGGCAAGGCUUUUCAGAAAAAGGAUGUGGAUGAUGAUGUGCUAACUGAUGUUAGAUAUUUGCAGAUUCUUUUAUUUGAUACGGAGCGUGCAUGGAGUUAUGCAAUGGAAUUGAAAACAUUUUCGAGAUCAAGUGGCGCGAAUACACGAAAAAGACUACAUUCAAUUAAACGCUUUAGAAAAGCUGCAGAAUAUAGUGAAAGUUUGUCGAAUUUAUGUAGCGCAGAAAGAGGAAAAGUCGAUACACGUACAACUUUAGAUGCGCAGGCAUAUUCUGCACUGAUGUCUGGUUAUUUGCUCUUUGAAAAACAAUCAUGGCAAGCUGCUUUUGAAAAAUUUGCUGCAGCGAGAACCAUUUAUAAAAAAUUAUCGAGUGCUGGAACAUCUCACCAGGAGGCUUUGUGUCAAUCGACAAUUGAUGACAUUGAUCCAAAUAUUCGAUAUUGUGCAUUCAAAUUACGUUUGGGAACGGAUGGGACCAAAGAUGUGGAGGAACUGGUGAAAAUUAAUCUUGGAAAAAACAAGGGUGCCGAGUUAGAUUUGUUGGAAGCACAAGUGGAGUCAGUGCUUUCUCAAAAACGACCCGAAAAAGAAGCUCUUCUUACAUCAAUUACAUGGAAAAACCGUAUAGUGCCAUUGAGGAAUGCAGAUUUGGCUCUCUGUAUUUUGCGGGCACAAGAAGCCACGCUUAAACUAGAAAAAUCCGAUAGUGCUGGAGCCGAAGAAUCAGCGAAAAUGGAAUUGUUUGAUAAAGUACUAGAGGCAUACGGAGAUGCUGAACGUGUCGCUAAAACUGCAAUAAAGGAGGAUGCGGCUGCGACUGCCAAAGUCAAAUCUUCAAAAUCCGAACAAAAUACGGCAAAUUUGAAUUUUAUCUACACUUUUGUCGCAUACAACUACUUAUCUCGUAGAAUUCAACGUAAUUUGAUGCUAGUGGACUCGCUAAAACGAAGUUUUGAACAGCAUGAAGAACAAGAUACUGGAAAGUUUAUUAGUGGAAAACAUCAGGAGAUUGUUAAAUUAUAUGAUAAUGUAUUGCAGAGUAUUGUCGAAAUUAGUGAGCUUCCCGCGGUACAAGACAAUCUUGCUUUGUCUCAAGAAAUUGAAGCAAAAACUUGGUAUCAUAAAGCAAGCAGGGCAUUUUAUGUUGGUAAUGCUUAUGCUAUCACUAAUCAGUACGUUGAAGCCAUAGCAUUAUAUGAACGUGCUAGAGAAUAUAACGCACAAGCAAAAUCGCUGUUGGCACAAAAUUCACCCGACGCUGAAGACGUGUUGAUAAUUACGCAAGAUGAUGUGACUCAAUUAGAGAAUUUAUUGAGGGGCCAUAAAUGUAAAGUGCAUGCUGAAUGGCAUUUAGCUCAUGGUGGAGUAAAUAACGAGGAUGACGAAACGGUAGGUGUUAUUCAAAAGCUCAGUGACUUGGGCGUCGAUGAUAAAAUGGAAAUCGAACCUCCGUUAAUAAAACGACUCUACGAAUACCCCACAAACAUUUCGAUGAAUAAUCCGCAUUUAAUUGAUUUUCCACCUGAAUUUACUCCAAUUCCAGCGAAACCUUUAUUCUUUGAUAUCGCUUCCAAUUAUAUCGACUAUCCAUCUACAUUGCCAGAACGUGCUGGCCGGAAAACUCAAUCCGGCCAAAGCCGAAUAGGAGGAUUCUUGAGCAGCUUUUGGAGAAGAUAA